AUGUCGCGCUUCGCCCCUCGUCGCUCGGCGCCCUGCGCCAAGGCCUCGGCCUCGAGCCACGCGUGUCCCUUUCUCUCGCGUCACACGAACGAGUCUCUCUCUUCGCUCUUUCCCUUCCGCGCCUUUUGUCCAGUGGCCUCCAAGUUCGACUCGGCGACGCUCCCCGCAGUCAUGCGCGCGACUACGAUGAAGCACCAGCUGUUUCCGCACUUGUCCUCCUCGCCCUCCGCCGCGCUCGCGGGCGCGCUCGCGGGCAGCGCGGCUGCGGGCGCGUUGGGCUCCAAGGCGACGGAGCCGAAACCCAGCGGGCUCUGCGCGGCGGCGCGGUCCGACGCCGCGGCCGCCAGCGAGUGUGCGCUGAAGGCCCCGGCGCAGGCUGAGGCGAGCGCGGAGGCGCUGUCGCCGUUCUACUACGAGAGGCGCUUCUCAGAGGCGAUCAACGAGCUUCACGCGGAAGGCCGGUACCGCGUGUUUGCGCAGCUGCAGCGGAAGCGCGGCUCGUUCCCCAACGCCUCCAUCUUCUUCGACCGAAACAGCGGCUGGGAGGGACAGCGCGAGCAGACUGGAGUCGCGGCGCGACCUGAGGGGGUCCAGCCGGAGGCUGCCAACAGGGACGGCGAAGAGUGGAUGGCGAGAGCAAAUGCGCAAGAGGAGUCGGGGGGCGUCGCGACCGCAGGGCUCUCGGCGGCGCGCGCCGUCGCGGACGUCGCGAAGGAGCUCGUGCAGGGAGAAGUCCAGCUCUGGUGCUCCAACGACUACUUGGGCAUGGGACAGAAUCCCCUCGUCAUCAAGGCGGCGCAUGAGGCUCUAGAAGCGGCGGGUGCCGGCGCAGGGGGGACGCGCAACAUCAGCGGGAACUGCACGUAUCAUCUCGAACUCGAGCGCGAGUUGGCUGCGCUCCACGGCAAGGAAGCGGGGCUUCUCUUCACGUCCGGCUACGUGGCGAACGAGGCGACGCUGUCGACGCUGGGCAAGCUGCUUCCGAAUCUGCACAUCUUCUCUGAUGAGAAGAAUCACGCAUCGAUUAUCGCGGGGAUUCGCGGCGCGCGCUGCACCAAGAAGAUCUUUCGGCACAACGACUUGAUUCACCUCGAGAGUCUCCUGGCGGAGGCGCCUGCGGACGUGCCCAAACUGAUUGUCUUCGAGAGCAUCUACAGCAUGGACGGCAGCGUCUCGCCAGUCAAAGAGAUCUGCGACCUCGCGGAGAAAUACAACUCGCUCACCUACAUCGACGAAGUUCACUCCGUCGGCAUGUAUGGCCGCACGGGCGGCGGCGUAACCGAGCAAACUGGGCAGCAGCUGCGCGUUGACCUCAUCAACGGCACUCUGGCGAAGGCGAUCGGCGUUUUUGGCGGCUACGUCGCGGGCAAAGCCACGUUGGUCGACUGCAUUCGCUCCUACGCCGCGGGAUUCAUCUUCACCUCGUCGGUGCCGCCGGCCGUCGCGGCCGCUGCGACGGCUUCAGUGCGCUAUCUGCGUCGCUCUUCCGAAGAACGCUACCUGCAGCAGGUGCGGGCCGCCCAGCUGAAGACUCUGCUCAUCUCGCGCGACUUCCCAGUUUUGAUUAAUCCAAGCCACAUCGUGCCGGUCCUCGUCGGGUGCCCUAUUGCGUGCAAACGCGCGUCUGAUCUCCUGCUCCACGAGCACAAGCUAUACAUCCAGCCGAUCAACUAUCCGACUGUUCCCAGAGGCACCGAGCGCCUACGAAUCACACCAGGGCCUCUCCACGACUACGAUGACCUUCUGCGACUCACCGACGCCCUAGACCAGGUCUGGAAUGCGUUGGGCCUGGUGCGUGCGACGGAGUUCAAGGCGUCGCGUGGGCUGCUCGUGGGCCCCCACGCGGUGGCGCGCCUGCGUGAGGAGGCUGCUGAGCUCGCGCCCUCUGCAGCGGCGCUGGAGCGCCAAGAGGAGCAAGUCGUGAUGCGGCAGGCCGUGGAAGAAUGUCGUCAGAAGAGCAAUCGCCGCGCGGCGCACCUGCUCGAGGAGAUGCUGAAGGCUCAGUUUUUCUUCUCGCAGCGCCAGCCGCGCGUGCAAGAACUGCACUCUGUCGACCGACUCAGAGCGCAGGACGAACCUAUGCAGUCCUCCUUCGCGCUGUCGCCCUCGUUCGCGCUGCGGCGCCGCAGCCGCUUCCUCGCCCGCGGAGGGGACGCACGCGAAGAAGACCUGUUGCUGUCGCAGGCCUCGCUGAGUCUGGGCGAGUGCGUCAACAGAGAUGCGGCCGAAAUGGAAGCGGACGCGCCCUCGCGGGAGCAGGCGGCACGUGAGCGGCGCAUUGAAGUGAGGGCUUGA